CUGUUCUCCAGGUUAUUUCGACCUUAAGCGCUUGCCAUUGAUUUGAAUCUCGCAGUACUGUGCCUACAGUCGCAGGCGCAGCUUGUGUGGGACACUCUCUCUUUAUCGCGACUUCACAACAAUUUGUUAUUCGUAACAAUACUUCAAGAUCUUUGUAAAUAUUAUUAAACAUAGUAACUUUGAUACAAGUGUAAAAAUGGGUUCGGAAAAUUUUCCUUUCGAAAUUGAAGACUUGGAAGCGGGUCUAGCCAAAAAGUUGAUGGAAUGUUUUACUGGUGAGAUGACCGGCUACGUACGUGUGGGUCCAAAGAAAUACUUUUUCCCCCAGAAGUACAAGGAAGAAGCUGCAAAAAUUUAUAACAUGCCGAUAAAACCUGAUGAUGUCUUCGUCACUAGCUAUCCAAGAUCAGGGACAACCUGGACCCAAGAGUUGGUAUGGAUGGUCGCUAACGAUCUAGAUUACGAAAAGUCUUAUGCUACACCGCUCACUGCACGCUACCCGUUUUUAGAAUUCUCCAUUUGUGUGCACCCAGAAAACAAAAAGAAGUUUAUAGAAGAAAACAGUCACAGUCAGAAGAAUCUAGAACUGCUGGAGGCAGUCACUCAGCCGGGCACUGACCAGCUGGCAAAGACCCCAUCCCCGAGGUUCAUCAAGUCUCACAUGCCUCUAUCACUGUUGCCCCCCUCACUUCUUGACAAAGCGAAAAUGGUGUAUGUAGCCCGUGAUCCCAGAGAUGUUGCUGUGUCCUUCUACCAUCUGAACAAAGUAAUGAGGACUCAGGGAUACACAGGGGACUUCAAAACUUAUUGGAACUACUUCAUUCAAGAUUUACAUCACUGGGCGCCAUACUUCGAUCACCUUAAAGAAGCAUGGGAGAAGAGAGACCACCCUAACAUGCUGUUCUUAUUCUACGAGGAACUUUCGAAGGACCUGCCAGCGUCUGUGCGUCGUGUCGCGAAGUUCUUCGGCAAAGAAUACUCAGAUGAACAGAUCGAACGCUUAUGUGACCACCUGAGCAUCGAAAGUUUUAAGAACAACAAGUCGGUCAACUACGAUGUCAUGAAGAUCCUUGGUAUAAUGAUACCUAGCGACCAGGCUUUUAUUAGGAAAGGUAAGGCAGGCGGUUGGCGCGACUACUUCGACGAAGAGAUGUCACAACAAGCUGAGAAAUGGAUCGAGGACAACCUGAAAGACACUGACCUGCGCUUCCCACAUUUAAAUCAUUAGUUACAUAAUAUAAAUAGCUUAGAAAGAAAAGAACAUAAAGGGUGAUAAACAUUUAUUUAAGUAACAUACUAUGUUCCAGUUUUCUUUGUAACACCAUAUUUUAAGUAUACAUUGACUUUAAAAUUUCAAAGAAAGCACUAGUAAUAAGUAAACAAUGUUAAUUCCAAUUGCGUCUCAACAUCAUCCACUGUGUCCUGUGUAAUAAAAUUUAUUUACUCAUAAAUAAAACAAUGUCUCAGUCCUUCCUCACAUUUUAUUUAAAUAUAAUACGGUUAUACAAAGAAAAUAAAUUAAAAGCCAGAUUUAAUCAAUCAUUCGUUGGUAAUAUAAAAUUCUAAAACAGACUUAUAAUCAUUAUAAUGGAUAAUAACCGUUUAAAGCCGGAACGGGGCGAGUGGCCGCGGUACCGUGGGCGCUCGCCCCGCUCCGCGUACAACGAAUCGGCAACGUACACGUCUAUAAAAGCGACUCUAUAAUAUAAAAGUGGGAGCAAACUCCCGCACCUAACGACUCGCCGCCACGAACGACGUUAAAACUAUCAUACACUUAUAGAAAAUCACAAAAUUCAAGCGGAAAUAAUAGGAAUCGUUUGUUGUAUCGCGCCUACGCGAUGACGUCAGGCAACAGCGCGUUGUCGGCGGCGGGCGGGCUCGGCGGCGGCUUGCUCAGCGCCGCGUCGCCGUUGGCCAGCCCGUUCGGUACCACCUCCUUCUUCGCUGCAUCUGUUGUUCUCUUCGUAACGGCCUUCUUUUGCCCAGUUGUUGUCUGAAAUUAACAAAAUAUAUAUGAAAUGCAAUUGAUUUUAAGCAAUUCAAUUGCUAGGAAAAGAUUGUUUGUUAUAUCUAAAAAA